UUCAUGCUGUUUUAUGUAUUAAUAGUUCAUUUUUAUUGCCAGUAGUAUCCUGUUGUGUUAAUAUACUACAGUUUUGUGGGGUUUUUUUGUUUUUUUACCCAUUCUCUUAUUGAUGGACAACUGUUUCCAGUUUGGUACUAUUAUGAAUAAAACUGCUAUGAACAUUGUACAGGUCUUUUUGGACACACAGUUUCAUUUCUCUUGGCGUUGGAAUUUCUGAGUCAUACUUAUAAAGUAUGUUUAGUUUUAUAAGCAAAAUAUAUGCAUUAUGAAAUGUGAAAUAUGUAGGUGCUAUUUUGAUGGCCUUCAAAAUGUCAAUGAAUAUUUCAUGCCCUAUCAAGUAGUAUUUUUCACUGUCUGUAUUGAGAUGCAGGUAUUUCUGGAAUAUAAAACAUCCAUAACCCCUCUUCUACCCCCCACUCAAAACAGAGACACGCACACACACCCUAGUGUGUAUGUCCUGUUGGUAUGCAUGGAGUUUCUGUUUUGCCACAAAGCUCUUUGCCAGUCCUUUUUCUCAAAUGGUUGUACCAUUUUAUACUCCUACCAAUAAUGUAUGAGAAUUCCGGUUGCUUCCCACCUUUGCCAGUAUUUGGUGCUGUUAGUCUUAAUUUUGGAUAUCCUGGCUGGUGUAUGGUGGUAUCUCAUUGUGAUUCCUCAUGGAUUUUUAUUCUUCAUUUCAGUUUGGGGAAAAUGAAUGAAUAUGAAUAAAUGGAAGAAAAGAAGGGAAGAAGGGUGAACCAAAUAGUUCUGUUUUGAGAUUUGACAUCAUAUACUUCACAGCACUGUUGGACAAGUUCUCCAAAUUUUCAUCCCUUUUCACAUCUUCCUAUUCCUUUUCAAGAGUGCAUUGUCCUUUUUAUAUUCCUCACAUUCCUUUUAUUGUUCAUAAUUACUUUAAAAUUAUUUAUUUUCUAAUGCUAUUCAAUAGUUCAUUUACCUGAAGUUCUUUGGUGCCAAGUACUACUAUUUGUUGCAUUUUCAGGGUCUGGCUCAUGGUGAAUUUUUUCUUUUGUGUUUUAUAAUUUUGGAAAGAGGGCUCAUGUUAAAGUAAGUUUUAUUUGGGGGAAUCCUGUCUGGCUUGGUGUUGUGUUUGCUUUAACUUUGUAACCUCAGCAUGUCAUCAGCCUGUGACCACUUCCUGCAUAAAGUUCUUAGCUUGGGGAGUCCUUGCCUUAUCUUAUGAGCUUCAAUUUAAAGCCCAAAUCUGUUUGAAGACAGGCCCAAGGUUAUGAAUUCACACAGACUUGUUUAAAUGCUUCAUGUCCAAUCCAAGACAAAUACGUUCAUUUGUUGAUAAGCUGCUUUUUUUCUAGUUCAUCUUUUCAUAGAGGGGUAGCAUGCUGAGCAGUGCCGUGUAAAGGGGGGAGUCUUCAUUCCAACCCUCUUUUCUUGCAUGCUGUGACCUCAGCUCCUGUCCCUGGCUGGGGUUUAAGCCCCGACUUCCGGAUGGUGAGGUUGGUUAGUGCCCCACAGGGCUGCCAUGUGGGCCACUGCUCACAUCUGGUGCCCUGUUUUUUGUUUUUUUGGUUUUUUUUUUCUGUCUCUAGAGUUCUUUUCCUUUCCACUGAGCUCUGCUGUGCAUUUGAAUGGAUGUUUGCAUUAUGUUAUCCAACAUAUACAGGUCCUUUAGUGGCGGGACGGUUUUUAAGAUUUUCUAGUGCUCCAUAUUGCCAGAAAUGAAAAGUCUGAAGGAAUAAAAAUCAGGGUCUUCUGUGAUUCUUAGAAAUAUGAAAAAUAGCUCAUUUUACAGACCAUAAGUCUAUUCUCAAAAAAACAAAGGGACACCAACCAUGUGGUGGGACUUUAUAAAAAUGUAUGUUUUUGCCCUGAGUUAGCCUCUAUUUUCUUUACAGGCAGGUUUCUUUACAGAGGGAAAAAAAGUAUAAUUUUGAGCAUUCAGAAAGCAACCAGACAUGUCCUUGGAUGACAUUAAGAUGAAAUCCAGUGACUUCCUGGAGAGGGAAGAUCUGGACAGUGGAGGCUUCGGGAAGGUGUCUUUGUGUUUCCACAGAACCCAUGGACUCGUGAUAAUGAAAAAGGUCUACACAGGGCCCAAGCGCACUGAGUACAACGAGUCCCUCCUUGAGGAGGGGAAGAUGAUGAACAGACUGAGGCACAGCCGGGUGGUGAAGCUCCUGGGCCUCAUCAUAGAAGAGGGGAACUACUCCCUGAUCAUGGAGUACAUGGAGAAGGGCAACCUGAUGAGUGUGCUGAAAGCCGAGAUCAGUAUCCCACUUUCUGUAAAAGGAAGGAUUAUUGCGGAGACCAUUGAAGGAAUGUGCUACUUACAUGGAGAAGGUGUGAUACACAAGGACCUGAAGCCUGAAAACAUCCUUGUUGAUGGUGACUUCCACAUUAAGAUAGCGGAUCUUGGUGUUGCUUCCUUUAAGACGUGGAGCAAACUUACUAAAGAGGAGCACAAUGAGCAGAGGAAAGUGAACAACACCUCCAAGAAAAAUGGCGGCACCCUCUACUACAUGGCCCCGGAGCACCUGAAUGACAUCAACGCAAAGCCCACGGAGAAGUCAGACGUGUACAGCUUUGCCAUAGUACUUUGGGCAAUAUUUGCAAAUAAGGAGCCAUACGAAAAUGCUAUCUGUGAGCAGCAGCUGAUCAUAUGCAUCAAGUCGGGGAACAGGCCCGACGAGGAUGACAUCAAGAACUGCCCAGAGGAGGUCAUCGACCUCAUGCAGCUCUGCUGGCAGGCUGACCCGGAAGCUCGGCCAACGUUUCCUGGCAUUGAAAAAAUAUUUAGGCCUUUUUAUGUAAGUCAAUUAGAAGAAAAUGUAGAAGAGGAUGUGAAGAGUUUAAAGAAAGAGUAUCCGGACCCAAAUGCAAUGGUGAAGAGAAUGCAAUCUCUCCAACUUGAUUGUGUGGCAGUACCUCCGAGCAGGUCAAAUUCAGCCACAGAGCAACCCAGUUCGCUGCACAGUUCCCAGGGACUCGGGAUGGGUCCUGUGGAAGAGUCCUGGUUUGCUCCCUCCCUGGAGCACCAGCAAGAAGAGAAUAUACCCAGCCUGCAGAGUAAACUCCAGGAGGAAGCCAACUACCAUCUUUUUGGCAGCCGCAUGGACAAGCAGAUGAAACAGCAGCCCAGACAGAAUGUGGCUUAUAACAGAGAGGAGGAAAGGAGACGAAGGGUCUCCCAUGACCCUUUUGCGCAGCAGAGACCUUAUGAGAAUGUCCACAAUGCAGGGGCAAAGGGCUGUGCUUACCCCAGUGCACCCAGUCAUGGUAAUGCAGCGCACCAGCCAGCAGGGCUGACCAGCCAGCCCCAAGUGCCGUACUGGAACAAUGGAUUAUAUGGUCCACAUGGUUUUGCAACAAGAUCAUUGGAUCCAGGAACAGCAGGUCCAAUUUGGUAUGGGCUAAAUUCAAGCCAUAUACCUAGUCUAUAUAAAACUCCAGUGCCGGAGACCACCAUGCUAGGAAACACACCGACCAUUCCAUUCACCUCCCUGCCACCAACAGACGAGCCUACAAAAUGCACCAUAUUCAAUAGUAGUGGCAUUCAGAUUGGAGCCUACAAUUACAUGGAGAUUGGUGGAAUGGGUUCGUCACUACCAGAGAGCACAAACAUGAACUUGAAAGAAGAGCCAGCUUCUAAGUACCAAGAUAUCUUUGAUAAUACCACUAGUCUGACCGAUAAACACCUGGACCCAGUCAGGGAAAAUCUGGGAAAGCACUGGAAAAACUGUGCCCGUAAGCUGGGCUUCACUCAGUCUCAGAUUGAUGAAAUUGACCAUGACUACGAGCGAGAUGGACUCAAAGAGAAGGUUUACCAGAUGCUCCAAAAGUGGCUGAUGAGGGAAGGCGGUAAGGGGGCCACGGUGGGAAAGCUGGCCCACGCACUCUACCAGUGUUCCAGACUAGACCUUCUGAACUACUUGAUCUACGUCAGCCAGAACUAGCUCCGAGGGCAGCGGCCACGGAAGCAGCCUCCUCACUUGGUGAAUAGCCUGCUGGAAAGUGCACUGCCUCGGCACGUUCACAAUUCUGUCCUCCCAGAAAUGGGUUCUGUGUGUGCAUCGGUAUGUCCUGCACUUCGUAGCUGCAGAAGGGAAAAGAAAUCUGCAGCAAAGAACCGCUCUCAGGAAACUAAACCUUUUAAUGUCCCGGCACCAAUCAAAAGAGCUUAAUUGGGUUUUGAAAGGGAGAGAACGAGGAAGGUCCCUUUCUUUCAGCUCAUGCCAUAACCCACGAUUAUGCUAGUCAUUCAGUUUCCUGGAGUUUGAGAAAAAAAAUAUUCAGAGAACAUAAAAUAAAUCAACUUAUGUUGUGCUGUC